AUGGCAAGAACGAAACAGACUAAGAGGAAAAAGAAAAAUCAAGGAAUUGGAGGGAAAGGGUCGAAAAAAAGGAAAACUGAUGAUCAACAGCAAGAUGGCUACAGUGAUAUUGUGAGAGAAAAUCCACAAUUUGAAAAAUACUAUAAAGGGCUAGGUUUUAUUCCCCCAGAAGAAUGGGAUUCAUUUAUGUCAGCAUUACGUGAGAACCUACCAGUAACAUUUCGUAUCACAGGAACAAGAUCUUGGGCACAUAGUGUCCUGUCUUGCUUGGAACGAAGGUAUUUCAGUGAGAUUAGUGGUCUUGAGGUGGAUGGUGAGCGGAUACCUCCACCACGACCCCUUGAAUGGUAUCCUGAUAAUUUAGGAUGGCAUGUCUCAUUGUCUCGGAAAGCAAUUCGAAAAUCACCUCUCUUGUCAAAAUUUCAUUCUUUCCUUGUUAAGGAAAGUGAUCAGGGGAACAUUAGUCGUCAAGAAGCAGUCAGUAUGAUCCCUCCAUUGUUGCUAGGGGUGGAGCCUCAUCACCAUGUUCUCGAUAUGUGCGCUGCACCUGGUUCUAAGACAUCACAACUUAUUGAGUUAUUACAUGGGGGUGUGGUUAUUGCUAACGAUGCAGACAAUAAACGCUGUUAUAUGUUAGUACAUCAAGCUAAGAGGUUAAACAGUCCGUGUUUGAUGGUUACCAAUCAUGACGCCUCUAUAUUUCCUAUCCUUUAUUAUCAUGAUGAGAAAGAUGUGCGACAUCCUUUGUUUUUUGAUAGAGUACUCUGUGAUGUACCUUGCAGUGGUGAUGGGACUCUUAGGAAGAACCCUACAAUAUGGAAUUCUUGGAAUCCUGGAUUAGCACUUUCACUUUCAUCGGUAUUGAUGGAUAGAUAUAUAGGUAGAUGACUGAAAUAUUUUUUUAGGCUUCAGCUUCGAAUAUUAACAAGGGGUCUGGAAUUAUUGAAACCUGGUGGUCGAUUAGUUUACUCAACAUGUUCAUUAAAUCCAAUAGAAAAUGAAGCAGUCAUUGGAGCAGCUAUAAGAAUAUGUAAAGGAUCAGUUGAAGUUGUAGACUGUUCCCAUGAGCUACCUGGUUUAAAAAGAAUUCCAGGAGUAUCAAAAUGGAAGGUGAAUAAAAUUGAAGAAAGAAUUGUUAUUGAAAGAAGCUCCACCCACAUGAGUCACAUGGUUCAAUUGUCAAUGUUCCCACCUACUUUAGAGGAAUCUAAUAAUUUUCAUCUUGAGAGAUGUAUUCGUAUCCUUCCACAUCAUCAAGACACUGGUGGUUUCUUUGUGGCCGUCAUACAAAAAAACAAACAGUUACCUUGGCAACAUCAAGUCACACCCAAACAAACAAUUUCAGAAGAGGCUUCUAGUCAAAUUGAAAUGAGCUUAGAAGACUUUACCAAAGUACCUCCACAUGAGAGUGGGAGUGCUUUGGAAGAACUUCCUAAGAGUGGAGUGGCUUAG